GUUCAGAGAGUGCUCAUAAGAAAUCCAUUAGCACAGAAAACUAAAACAAAGAAAGUUCCCUUAGCAAAAGAUGCCAGUCAUCAAUAUUGAGGACCUGACAGAAAAAGACAAAUUGAAGAUGGAAGUCGACCAGCUCAAGAAAGAAGUAGCACUGGAAAGAAUGCUGGUCUCCAAAUGUUGUGAAGAAGUAAGGGAUUAUGUUGAAGAAAGAUCUGGUGAAGAUCCACUAGUAAAGGGUAUCCCAGAGGACAAAAAUCCCUUCAAGGAGCUCAAAGGAGGCUGUGUGAUUUCCUAAGGAAAAAAAAAAAAAGAUCCUUGGAAUAUCUUGAGCUUUAA